UGGUCGGUUGUCGCUGACUUGUCCGCUGUGCUCGUGUGACCUGCUGUGUCCUCCAACAGUCGCGAUUUGACAGCCGGUCGUUUGAGGACAAGAGCUCCAAAAAUCAUGGUUUUCGAGGAGAAGAUGAUCAUGAACGGAGAGCCCGAUGAUGAGGAGGAAGAAGAGGAGGAGGAGGAAGAGGAAGAUAUGGUGGAUCCAAUCGACGCGAUGCGACAGAAGUGUGAAGAGGCGGAGCAUUGUGUUCACACUCGGAAGCUUCUGGAGCAGUGCGAGACCAGAGUUGGCUCUCGGUCUUCCACGGCUGAGGAUUGUACUGAGGAGCUGUUUGACUUCUUGCAUGCUCGGGACCACUGUGUGGCACACAAACUGUUCCAUUCGGUCAAAUGAAGUCCUCCCUGGUUGUUGCACUGCUGGCUGAUGACAUUCUUGAAAUAUUGUGUUAUGAGGAGAAAAUUGUUUUAAAUACAUCCAUAUGUGGAUCUGCUGUCUGUUGUAACUUUAAAUGUAUACUAUACUGUAUCUGCUUAUGUGAAGAAAUAACAGUAUUUAACAAGGUAGUCUGAGUCAACAUUUCAUUAAAGUGGAUGGCUUGAAAACCUU